AUGGAGACAGCAGUGAUUGGGAUGGUGGCAGUGCUGUUUGUCAUCACCAUGGCCAUUACCUGCAUCCUCUGCUACUUCAGCUAUGACUCACAGACCCAAGACCCAGACAGCGGCCCCAGACGUAGCUUCACCGUGGCCACGUUUCACCAGGAGGCGUCGCUCUUCACGAGGCCGGCUCUCCAAUCCCGGCCACUGCCGAGGGCCCAGAACUUCUGGACUGUCGUGUGAGGUUGGCAGUCCCUUGGCAUUUAUUCUGCCAGAGGGUCAGACCCAUCUACCCCUUCAAUAAGCAGUAUCUGGUGACCUACUCCUCCCAGGUCUCCAUCCUUAUCCUUCCUCGUUCCACAAACUUCUUGCCUUCCCCCACUUUGGGUUUGCUCUGUCCUCUAUCCUAGGGGAGCUGAGCCCUAGGUGUUUGGGGCCAGGUGUGAGUUACCUCCAAGCUGAGCCAUCAGCUUGGUCCUACUCACAUUGGGGCUGAGGAGUCUGAGGAGAUGUGGAUGGAUACUGUGUGUUAUUCUAUAGUGGGGUAGCUCCAGCCAGCUAUAGAACCUCACCGGAAGUUAGCACCCUAUCAGCAGAGUGCUGUGACCUAA